AUGUCAGGCGCUCUUUCCACGGCCGCUGGCACUUCCGCGGCUGCUGUAGCGCCUUCCGCAGUUCCGCGCGCGCAUUCCGUCGCGCGCGGAUCGUCCGCGAAGGGGGUCAUCCAGAUCCCGACCACCGCUCCUCGUGGCUUGCGCGGGGAGCCAUGGCGUGGAUUGCGUAGGCUGACUGGCGGAACCGUUGCGCCGUCAGCAGUUCUUGCGCGGAAGCUGGCCGCAAACGCUGCACGAAUUCCGCGCGUGUCGUGCUCCGCUGCGCCGUCCGGAUCCGUCGCCACGGCUCCCGCCAGCCAGCAAGCGGCGAGUCCCGAGGUGGUGGCGCGGCUGGGGUUCGAGGAGGAGCGGCGCGAGCACGUGGCGGAGUACAACGCGGAGGCGACGGUGUACCGCCACAAGCGCACGGGCGCGCAGAUCAUGUCGCUGUGCUGCGCGGACGAGAACAAGGUCUUCGGCAUCACCUUCCGCACGCCCCCCAAGGACAGCACGGGCAUUCCGCACAUUCUCGAGCACUCCGUGCUGUGCGGCUCGCGCAAGUACCCCGUUAAAGAGCCAUUCGUCGAACUCGCUAAGGGCUCGCUCAACACCUUCCUUAACGCGUUCACCUACCCCGACCGCACGUGCUACCCCGUCGCUUCCACGAACCUGCAGGACUUCUACAACCUGGUGGACGUGUACCUGGACGCGGUGUUCUUCCCCAACUGCGUGCGCGACGAGAAGACGUUCCAGCAGGAGGGGUGGCACUACGAGCUCGACGAUCCCAAGGACGAUAUCACCUUCAAAGGCGUGGUGUUCAACGAGAUGAAGGGCGUGUACUCUCAGCCCGACUCCGUCUUCAUGCGCGCCGUGCAGCAGGCCCUGUUCCCCGAUAACGAGUAUGCGGUGGACAGUGGCGGAGAUCCCAAGGUCAUCCCGCAGCUGUCCUUCCAGCAGUUCCAGGACUUCCACGCGCAGUUCUACCACCCCUCCAAUGCGCGCAUCUGGUUCUAUGGGGACGAUGAUCCCAACAAGCGCCUCGCCAUGAUUGCUGAGUAUCUCGACAAGUUUGACGCCAAUCCAGCAGCCCCCAAGGAGUCACAGGUGUCUGCCCAGCCGCUCCUCUCCAAGCCCUGGCGCAUCGUCGACACCUACCCCUCCUCCGCCGAUGCCGCCCCCUCCGAGUCCUCCGAAGAAGAAGUAGCAGACGGCGAUGAAUCCUCUUCCCCCUCCUCCUCCUCCUCCUCCUCCUCCUCAGCAGCAGCACCCAGGAGGCACAUGACAGCUGUGAACUGGGUGCUCUCAGAGUCACCGCUGUCUCUCCCUCAGGAGCUCACUCUCGGUUUCCUCGACCAUCUCCUCCUAGGCACGCCCGCUGCCCCCCUCCGCAAAAAGCUCCUGGAAUCCGGGCUCGGGGAGGCCAUCGUGGGCGGCGGGCUACAGGACGAGCUACGCCAGCCAGUAUUUUCGAUCGGGCUGAAGGGCGUGGCGGCCGUCGAUGUGCCUAAAGUGGAGCAGCUUGUAAUGGAGGUUUUAGAGGAGCUGGAGAGGGACGGGUUCACCGAAACGGCGGUCGAAGCGGCUGUGAACACUGUCGAGUUUGCUCUUAGAGAGAACAACACGGGGUCGUUCCCCCGAGGCCUCUCCCUCAUGCUGCGAUCCAUGGGGAAAUGGAUCUACGGUGGAGAUCCCAUCGCGCCGCUGCGAUUCGAGGGGCCUCUGGCAGAAUUCAAGGAGAAAAUCCGCCAGCCGGGGGGAAUUAAAGCCGUGUUCAGCCCGCUGAUCCGCUCUUACCUCCUAGACAACCUCCACAGGGUGACUGUGGAAAUGCAGCCGGAUCCAACCAAGGCAGACGCGGACGAGGAAGCGGAGCGGGCGGUGCUAGAGUCUUUCAGGCAGAAGCUAGCGGAAUCAGACCUAGAGAAGCUGGUAGAGGCGACUAAGGAGCUCAAGGAACGGCAGGAGACUCCCGAUCCUCCCGAGGCGCUUCGGUGCGUGCCGAGCCUGCAGCUGGAGGAUAUUCCAAAGCAGCCGGUGCAGGUGCCGAUUGCGGUGGAUCGGGAUGGGUCAGGGGCGACUAUCCUGCGCCACGACCUGUUCACCAAUGACGUGCUCUAUUUGGACCUCGCUCUCGACAUGAGGCACCUGCCUGCUCACCUCGUGCCGCUGGUUUCCCUCUUCUGCCAAUCCCUGCUGGAGAUGGGCACAAAGGACAUGGACUUCGUGGACCUCAACCAGCUCAUCGGCCGCAAGACGGGUGGCAUCUCCGUGUUCCCCCUCACCUCCUCCAAGCGCGGCUCCAAGCAGCCCGUCUCUUAUCUUGUGGCCAGGGGCAAGGCCACCUCCGCCCAGGCAGCAGACCUGCUCAACCUGGUGCGAGUGGUGCUGUGCGACGUGCAGCUGACAGACCAGCAGCGCUUCAAGCAGUUUGUGGCACAGCGCAAGCAGGGCAUGGAGUCGCGUUUCCUGGGAAGUGGGCACAGCAUUGCUGCCUCGCGAUUGGACGCCAUGGACAGCCUGGCAGGAUGGGCCAAUGAGCAGAUGGGCGGCUACAGCUAUCUGCAGUACCUGCGAGCUCUGGAGAAGCGAGUGGAUGAGGACUGGCCAGGUGUCGCCGCCUCAUUGGAGCAAAUCCGCCAGGCGGUGCUCUCUGCUGACGGGGCGGUGGUCAACCUCACAGCUGAUGCUGCCACGCUGGACAAGGCUGAUGUGGCAGUGAGGGAGCUGCUGGCUUCCCUGCCAGCUCAGCGUGCACAGGUGGCAGGCUCUCCUUGGUCAACCCUGCCCGUGAAGAACGAAGCCUUCCUGGUCCCAACACAGGUUAACUACGUGGGCAAGGCAGUGAACCUGUACGACGCGGCGGGGUACAAUCUGAGUGGCAGUGCCUACGUGGCAUCCAAGCUGGUCGGCAUGAGCUGGCUGUGGGACCGCGUCCGUGUCAGUGGCGGCGCGUAUGGUGGCUUCUGUGACUUUGACUCUCAUUCCGGUGUCUUCACCUUCCUGUCAUACCGCGACCCCAACCUGCUCUCCACUCUCGACAACUACGACGGAGCAGUGGAGUUCCUGAGGCAGCUUCAGCUGGACGAGGAUGCGCGCACCAAGGCCAUCAUUGGGACCAUUGGGGAUGUGGACUCGUACCAGCUGCCAGACUCCAAGGGCUACUCCAGCAUGGUGCGAUACCUGCUGGAAGUGAGUGAGGAGGACAGGCAGAAGCGGCGCGAGGAGAUUCUCACCACCACCAACAAGGAGCUGAACGAGUUUGCAGACUACCUGCAAGCGGUGAAGGAGAAGGGCACGGUGGUGGUGGUGGCAUCGCCUGGGGAUGUGGAGGCAGCCAACAAGGAGAAGCCAGGGUUCCUCUCCACUAUCAACGUGCUGUAG